AUGGGUUGCAUGCUCAGGAGUGAUCCCAUGACCCUAUGUGGCAUGUAUCUCCAACCAGAAGUAGCGUUUGACGUUCUUGCCGAGCUUGGAGAGUUGGGCUGUGUGCAAUUCAUAGACAUGUAUCCAGAACUGCAACUAUUCCAACGGAACUUUGUCAUGGAGGUGUGCCGUUAUGCUGAGAUGGAACGUAGGCUUCAAAUUAUAGCGCACGAAAUGAAGCUAAACGACAUACCUAUGCUAGAAACGACAGCAGAGUCUGUAGCCCAGCCAGUUUACGAAAUGGUGCAGUUUGAGAAUAUGAUAGAAAAAUGGGAAGAAGACAUUCAAGAAAUGACGGCAAACGAAGUAACAUUAUUGAAAAGUUAUUUUGAGUUGACCGAGUUUCAUUACGUUUUGACAUACAUCAACUCAUUGUUGGGAGAUUCGGAAAUAAGAAAGGAAACUUUAUUUACCAGCGCCCAACAGGCACAACAGAUGGGAGGGGACGUGGGGGCAAGUCGUCUGAUAGUAAUAACUGGGGUUGUCCGAAGGACCAGAUGCUAUGCUUUCGAAAUGAUGCUAUGGAGGAUCUCCCACGGCAUUGUCUACUAUAGACAGUCUUCUAAUGACAAGAUUCUCAUCGACCCUCAAACUCGUAAAGAAAUCAGGAAGGUUGCGUUUCUAGCAAUAUGUCAAGGCGAAGCGCUGUCAGUGCGCGUACAAAAGAUUUGUACUGGUUUCCAAGUUAACACCUUUCCAUGUCCCAAUACUCAAAAGGAGAGAAUCGAAGUGAUAGAUAAACUGGAAACGAGGAUCACUGAUUUGGAUCAGGAAAAGGUACAGUCAAAUGUACCCUCAUUUACUUCCUCGAUUGAAACCACUGAAAUGCCCCCUACCUUCCACCGAACCAACAAGUUUACAAGGGGUUUUCAGAAUCUUAUCAAUGCUUAUGGUGAUUCUACGUACAGAGAACUGAAUCCAGCGGAUCAAGAAAGAAAUACAAGCUGCGCUCCUCAGAUCCUGUUAUUGUUUAUUGAUAUGGUACUCAUGUCUGAGACUAAACCAGCUAAUGAAGGAUGCAAGGAGAGCUACAUGUUUGAGAAUCAGAGAUUGUUACAAACAUGUUUGGUGUUUGCCGCUCUUUUGUGUGUUCCCGUUUUACUUUUAGGAACUCCAAUUUACAAGUUAACUACCAAUAAAAAGAAGAGGAUUAAGGCCAUAGCUGCACUGAAGGCGUACAAAAGUAGCUAUGAGGAACAAGACCCCAAAACUGUAGAAAGACUUCAAGCGGAUGUAGAAAAAUAUUCCGAGGCAGUUGGUGAGCUGAUGAUACACCAAGGAGUUCACACGAUCGAGUUCGUUCUCAGCACAAUAUCGCAUACGGCCUCUUAUCUUCGACUGUGGGCGCUGUCCCUUGCCCAUGCACAACUCUCUGAAAUGCUCUGGGGCAUGGUUUUAUCGAAAUUGGCGCUGCAGACCCAUUCUAUUGACGGAGCUGUAAAACUAGUUAUCAUAUUUGCAUUGUGGGCUACUUUCACUCUCUCAAUUCUUGUAGUAAUGGAAGGAUUAUCCGCUUUCCUGCAUUGCCUUCGAUUGCAUUGGGUGGAAUUUAUGAGCAAAUUUUAUGCUGGUGGCGGUUGGCCAUUCCGUCCCUAUUCUUUCAACGCUAUUUUAGACGCUGAAAGCGAUAAGACGGAAGCUGGUUGCAAGAGUAUGGUUGUGCAGUAA